AUGAGAGAAGAAUCGCGGCGGCGGCCAACCGACCAGGAGAAGUACGGCGAUGCUAUCGGACAAACAACAAGCGACACCAAUACCGAUUCCAUGGCCCCGAGGAACGCGGCGGAGAAUGAAAAGAUUCGGUCAAGCCUUGUCCGCAAGUUCGAUCACAGGCUGGUACCUGCCAUGUUUCUUGCCCAUCUUCUCUUCUUCCUCGACAAGAGCAACAUUGCCCUCGCUCGCAUCAAUGGACUCGAACGAGACCUCAAGCUGGUCGGCAACCAAUUCAACACAGCUCUGGCAAUGUUCUUCAUCCUCAACAUCUUGUUCAACAUCCCAGGAAACCUAGCUGUACGCUGUGUUGGAGGUGCCAUAUGGCUGCCGGCCUUGAUCAUCUCAUGGGGAAUCGUCACAGCUCUUAGCGGCUUCGUCACCAACUUCGUCGGCCUCUGCAUCACACGUGCUUUCCUUGGCUUGACCGAAAGCUCAUUCCUCGGUGGUGUCUUGAUCUACCUCGGCUUCUUUUACACUGCCGAUGAACUCAUCCUUCGUGUGGGCUUAUUCUACUCGAGUACUGCCCUUGCCGGGUUUCUUGGUGGCUUGAUGGCCGCUGGACUGGGACAGAUCAAGGUCCGCGGCUAUGACGGGUGGCCUUGGCUUUUCUUCAUUGAAGGGACCAUGACCGUCUUUCUGGGUCUCCUGCUGCUUUUCGCCUUGCCGCACACACCUGCUGACGCCAAAUUUCUCUCGCCGACUGAAAGGGCUCUCGCUGUUGCGAGAAUGCAAUGUCAAGAUCAAUGGCACUAUCUCGGCAAUCCUCGCCUGUCCGACCAAGAAUCAGCAGCAGACGAUCAACAGGGUGGUAUGUCGAGGCUCCAGAAUAAGAAAGAUCCUCUUACAUGGAAGACUAUCUCAGGGGCAAUCCUUAAUGUCAUCACCGUUCUGAUGGCUCUCGGAAGCUUCUGCUCUAUCCAGGCCAUCUACAGCUUUUCUAUGUUCUUCCCGACGAUUAUAUCUGCUAUGGGAUAUAGAAAGCUGCAGGCAUCGUUGAUGACAGCUCCCCCGAACUUUGCAGCAUCGAUGUUUACUGUUGGCAUCUCGUUCUGGAGUCGUCGGUCUGGAAAGACUGCACUGCCUUUGAAUGUCUGCAGUAUGAUCGGCAUUUUCGGGUACAUCCUGAUGAUCGUUGGUGCCCACGCCGGUCCGGCACCGUUCUACAUGGACAUCAAGAUUCAGUACGCCGGCUCAUUCUUCGUCGCCAUGUCGGUCAACGCAACACCACCUUUGGCACUCACUUGGAUGAGUAUCAACGCAUCUCCGCACUAUGUGCGUGCCGUUGCUUUGGGCUUUCUGCUGUCAAUUGGAAACUCGGCUGCCUUUCUCGCUUCCUUCACCUACAUUAAAGAUGAAGCACCCAGAUAUCUUAAAGGGCACUUCAUCAACUUUGGCUGUCUAGUUGUGUUAUUGGUGAUAGGAUUUGUUUUGCCCCUGUACAUGAAGCGGGAGAAUAAGAAACGGUCGCGAGGCGAGCGCGACUUUCGACUAGACGAGGGACAAAGGGACGGCCUAUCAGCAGAAGAGCAUGAGUUUAGACUUGGGUGGAUGCAUCCCAGUUUCCGUUUCAAGUUUUGA